AUGUCUAAUCCUGGCGCUUUUCAAGGAUCUAUAGGGCCCGAGCAAUUCCAACAGAUUGUCGAUAAGCUUACGGGUGCCCGUGCCUUUGGUCACCUCAUCCAGAUGGAUUACGAUGAAGGUCCGGACAGCCCAAUCCCCGCCAACGAGUUAACGGACGUACUUCUCAAUCAAUGGCUUGACGCUUCAGGUGGCCUUUGGAGUAUAGAUUCUGCGAUACCACGAUUUAUGAUUUUCCGUAACGCGAAUCAUAAUGGAGCUGUUGGCGAACCAUGCAUGAUUGCGUUUUUCAAAACCAAACAACCAUCGACUUGGACCCUUGUCAACCAGAACUAUAAGCGCUUGAGUGCACAUCUGUUUAAUUAG